AUGGACUCUCUCAAUAAUCGUUAAAAUAACAGCAGAAGCUAUUAAAGAAACUAAAGAAAUAAUAGAAACGCUUACGGUAUAAAACCAUUUAAUAGAUAAAAUAACAAUAGAAAUAUGAAUAGAUCUAAUAACCUUCGUUUAGAAAAUAAAAGUAUGAUCUAGCCAUAACUUAAAGAAGAUACAUCAUACGCAAAAAUAAUAGGACCAUGCUGCUUUUAUGAAAUAAAUAAAAACACCUUUUUCUCAGUUUUGAUGAAGCGUGUUGCUUAAAAAUUUCUUUCUGUAGACUAGAAGACAAAUAAAUUAAUAAAUGAGAUUAUGAUUAGGGCUUAGGGUAAAGAAGAACUAAAAAAGCUGAGAAAGAUAUUAUUCUUAUUGUCUGAUAGAUUGAAAGGUGUGUCUACAAUAUUUAAUAAAUGCUUCACUCGUAUGAUGUUUUCAGAAGACAGAAAUAAAGCUCCAGAUUACAAGCUAAAGAGAUGUGUAGAAGUAAUUUUCAUAAAGAAUCCAACAGAUACUCAAAAAAAUAUGAAAGGAUUUAGGAAUCCUAAACAUGAAGGGUAGAUCAUCGAUUAUGAAGAAUAUAAGAAGACUUAUAAUUAUAAAAAGGAAUUAGACAAGGAAAUUGAAGAGAAAUAAGAAGACGAGCUGUAAAUUGCGGAAGCCAUUUUUGUCAAGUCGUUCUUGUAAAAUUAGUAGCAAGAUAAUACAAAUGAUGUCUAAAACAUUGAAGAACAAAAGUAGGAUUUGUAAAAAUAAAAUUAAUUUUAAAAUGAGGAAGAAGAAGAAGAUUAGGAUGAAGAAGAAGAAAAAGAUGAAAGCAGUGACGAAGAAGAAGAAGAUGAUAACGAUGAAGAUGAUUUUAUGGUAGAAGAAAUUGAAGAGACUAAAAAUUAUUAGAAUAUACCAGAAAAGGUUCUUUUUGAAAAAGUAGAAUAAAAAGUUUAAUCUAUCAACCCACAUCUGAAAGACAUAGUUAAAGAAGACUUGAGGUUUUCAUGCAGCUAUACUCUAACUAAAAAUGUUGUGAACUAAAAACCAGAGGUAGUGUAAUAAUUAGAAUAAGAGUCUGAUUAAUUUAUGAAGAAUGUAGCUUAGAAGAUUUCAAAUAUAUAAAAGACAAACUAGCCAUUAUAUGAAUUAGAUUCUUCAGACUAAAAAGAUAUUGUGAAAGCUGCUUUAUUUCAACACUUCAGACAGCAAGGUUGUAAAGUUUAAAUUACUAAUAAAAUUAAUUAAGAUGAAACAUACGCCAAUUCUUAUUAGUCCUAGCUAGUUUUGACUGGGUAAACAGAUUAACUUAAGUAUAUUUAAGUGGAUAUAGAUGAUAAGUAAUAUAAUUACUCAAAGAUAAUUUCAGAGCCUGCAACAAAAAAUGAAGUUAUUUCAAGAUUCGUAAAGGCAACUUCAAAUCAAUAUGGAGUUUCUAAAGAUCGUAUCACUAUUAUAGACAUAAAAAAGGGACUAAAAAAUAUCAUUAAUUUUAUUACUUCAAUUGAAGGCUUAGAAAUUGAUCAUCAAUUUAAGACUGCAACAGAUUAAUACUAAAAAGAGUUUCCAAAAGCUUAAAUAUCUUCUGUGGUUAAGUCUCUUAUUGAUAACUAUUAGAUUAGUGAUCAAUACUUUGAUGAGAGGUAUAAUAUGUAUUGGGACUCUGAUCACGAUGAAUUAGUCACUUACAGAGGAUCUCUUCCUAGAUAAGGCCAAGGCUUAGUACGUUAAAGAUACUAUUUCCCUGUAGGCUUUUAAGGUUAUGGCCUUAAUGUAUAGAAAUGGCUUAAAGAAGACUAAUCAUGGUUUGGUCAAAAUUCUGAUAAAAAAGUAUGGAUUGUACUUUAUCAUGCAACUGAUGAAAAAGGAUUUAAAGGUAUCUCUGAAUCCUAUAUUAUGCCUGGAUAUCGUAAUGCAUAUGGAGGAACAAAAUGUAGGUUAACAAAUAAAACAAUUUUAGGUGGAGAUGGGGCUAAUAGUUACUUCUCAGAUCGUGCAAGUGGACCUAAUUCAUCAGAAGGCUAUGGAGGAAAAAUAUGUUUGGGAAAUAAAAAGUAUAUUCUAUUAUUCUAAUGCAGAGUUAACCCCAAUCAUGUGAGAAGUCCUGUUGAUAGGGAAACGUACUACACUGUAGAAAAAGAAUAUGCAUAAUAAAGUGUGAGACCAUACAGAAUUCUCCUUAAAGAAGCUUGA